CUACAGAACUUGUCUUUCGAGAUAAAUCGCGAACAAGAUACGCAGUGUCUUGCGGCGACUGGGUAGCGGCAUUGAUAACGCAAUAUGGGGACAACAACCAAUGAAGAUAACGCACUUAGCGCAAUGCAAAUAACACGCUGUGUAUGACCACGACAAGGCUUACCGCCAUCAGCCUGGCAACGCUUCUACCUUCAUUCAUAGUCACGAUGUUGUUCUCUGCAAUAUCUAGCCAGCUGUCAACACUGAAGCCGUUGCCAUAUUUCUUUCCAUCUACAUCACGUACGGCGUUAUCCUCACUCUGUACCGCGUCUACUUGCAGCAGUACCACAGUGCUAUGAAUUCUAAUUCGACAUCAUCAAGCGUUUACGCUAUGCCUGGGAGAUCAAGCGCAUGCACGAAGUCUAUGGGCCGGUCAUACGCGUCACCCCUCACGAACUGCACGUCUCUGAGCCUGCAUUAUACGACGAACUGUACACAGGCACACCAAUGAAGAGAGAUCAAUGGGCAUGGGCGUACAAUCUUUCAUUGCUCAGCGGAUCUUCAUGGACGACGAUCGAGGAUUCCCUGCACCGGAACAGACGAGCGGCAGUUGCGCCUUCUCUUACGCUGAGUGCGAUCCGGCAGUUCGACCAUGUGAUUCGCGCGAAAUUGGAGUUGCUCAGCCAGAAAUUCGAGAGAUUCUUGACAAUGCGGUCUCUAACGAAAAAAAAAAACCGAUCAGACUGGCGAUGUUCGCCGACGGUUAUCCACAAACUCUUGAAGAGUGAUCUCCCGGCAGGCGAAAGAACACCACAGCGCCUUCUAGCAGAGGGUAUCUCCGUCAUGAUGGCCGGAGCAACGACGACUGCACACCAAAACGGCCUAUCACCCCCCGGCUAAUCCGCUCAUUCUUUCACGCCUGCAAACAGAGCUCAGAACAGUCAUGCCGGAUCUAUCCGACAUAUCACCUUUCAACGCGGUCAUCAAUGAAGGCUUUCUCCUUAACCACGGUAUCAUCACGAGAUUGACACGCAUAGCCCCAACAGAAGGUCUACAUGUGCCCAACACCACUAUUACGAUCCCUAUUGGCACGCCGGUGGAUAUGUCAUUCUUGGCUCGUGCACAUGGAUCCUUUGCUCCUCGAGUCGCCCGACGAACCUCAACCUGAGCGAUGGCUCGAGCGGGGGCAGAUCAUCUCAAGAGGUAUCUCGUGAACUUCUCGAAGGGCAGUCGGAUCUGUUUGAGUAAAGACCUUGCUCGAGCUGAGAUU